UAACCGGUGAGUGGCACGUGCUAGAGUUCCACGCCCCCUUCCGCCCCUCCACCUUCUGUGACCUCCAAGCUAAGGGAAACGCCUCGGCAGUCCUCGGCGCCGCAAGAGGACGAGCGAUUGGACUCAUUCUUGGAGCAACGAAGCUACCGGAUCGGCUGAUCUGAUGCUGUCCGGCAACGUAUGCUUGUAGAGUUGCCGGAAAACCCAACAGAGGCGAUACGGCCAUCUUUUUCGUCUUUUCUCCGGUCGGCUUUGAAUUAGGCUUUUGAGAUAGCGAAAGAUCGCCAGAAUGCACGCCGUUCCGCUUCCUUCUGCUUCGGUGACCGCUGCCGCUGGGGCUGCGAGCAUCGAGGAUGCGCCGAGUGUUUAUGAGGUCUGGAGAGGUAGCAACGUUUUUUUUCUUAAAGGGAGGUUCAUAUUUGGACCGGACGUGAGGUCACUCUUUCUCACUAUCUUUCUAAUUGUUGCUCCUGUUGCAAUUUUCUGUGUAUUUGUUGGUAGAAAGCUAAUGGAUAAAUUUCCUCAUCACUCGGGGAUAUCCAUUAUGGUUGUUGCUGUGGCAUUCACUCUAUAUGAUUUAUGUCUUUUGCUUCUCGCUUCUGGAAGAGAUCCAGGUAUCAUACCCCGUAACACACAACCUCCUGAACCCGAAGGCCUUGAUAGGAGUAUUGAUGUUGGGGGUGUGCAGACGCCACAAAUGCCUUUGCCUCGCAUGAAGGAUGUGAUAGUUAAUGGCAUCACGGUGAAGAUCAAAUACUGUGACACUUGCAUGCUUUAUCGACCUCCAAGAUGUUCCCAUUGUUCAAUCUGCAACAACUGUGUGGAGCGUUUUGAUCAUCAUUGCCCAUGGGUUGGGCAAUGCAUUGGGCUUAGGAACUACCGGUUCUUUUAUAUGUUUGUCUUCUCAACUACUCUGCUUUGCUUCUAUGUGUUUGCUUUCUGCUGGGUCUAUAUCAAGAAGAUUAUGGAUGCUGAAGAAACAAGCAUUUGGAAGGCAAUGACCAAGACUCCUGCUUCCAUCGUGUUAAUAGUUUACACAUUUAUAGCCGUUUGGUUUGUUGGUGGCCUUUCUGUCUUCCACUUAUAUCUCAUCAGCACUAACCAGACAACAUACGAGAACUUCAGAUACCGCUACGAUCGCCGGGAAAACCCUUACAAUCUAGGUCUGGUCUCCAAUUUCAAAGAGAUUUUCUUCACCAGCAUCCCUCCCUCCAAGAACAAUUUUCGGGCUAAGGUGACACUAGACCAGGGGCUAAAACCUAGACAGUCCACAGGAGGCUUCAUGAGUCCCAACAUGGGCAAAGGCAUUGGUGAUAUUGAAAUGGGAAGGAAAGCCAUGGCCUGGGGAGAACACGAGGCUGGUUCUGCCAUUGACAUGGAAACAGGUCUCAGCAACGAAACUAUUGAAAAUAAGGAUGGUAGGUUAUACAACUCAUCAAUGGAUUCAGAUCGGAUAUUGCCUUUAGAAGUAUCAGAGGACCAAAUGGCGACUGAACAUCAAUGGAGGCAUCCGAGCUGGGGGAGGAGCAGUGGGAAUUGGGAGAUGCCACCACAACUAUUACCUCUAUCUUCCAUGGAUGACAAUUCGAAUCUCGUCGGUGUUUCUCCAGGCAUAAAUCGGUAAGUUCUAAGAUCUGUAGCUGUCUGCGUUUGGUGGAAGGAUGUUUUAGGGUUUUGCUAGGGCUCACAGUAGCUUCUAAUGUCUACUGUUGGAACAGAAAUGAGCCAUUGUGGUUUUUUGUCCUUUUUUAUUUGAUAUUUCUCUGGAAUCUGGAGUGGUGUGUAGUGUUGUUUUUAUACUUUCUUUGGAUUUCAUAUAACAUGCAAGCUUUCAGAGAAGGAGAUGUGCAGUUUUCUUGACAUAAUUCUUGUCUCCAACAUAUGAGAUAGGCAGAGGAAACCUUUAGUGUCUCUUUAUUUGGAAUUUGAUAGAAGUUCAGACUCACUAGUAAUUCAAUGAAGUGUUCUAGUUCGUGCUA